CCGGACAGAAAGAGGCUUUUUUCAAUGCAGGCUGGAGGAGAGGCGGCGCGGCGUUGUUUUGUCGCCGCGGAUUAAGUCGGCUUGCCUUCCAGCCGACGUUUCCUCCGAGCACCAUGAGCGCGUCGGGGCUGCCUUGGAGCAUCGACAGCAGCGGGUCCGGGCUGCCUCCGCUGCCCAAGAGCCUGAGCGGUUUACUGAAUUCUUCUUCCAGCGGAGGCGCCCCUGGCGGAGCCGGGGGGCGCUGGAGGGACCUGGAGCGGCUCUACGCGCAGAAGUCUCGCAUUCAGGACGAGCUGAGCCGGAGAGGUAGCGGCGGCGGCGGCGGAGGGGGGCGAGGAUCUCCUCGCCCGCCGAAGCCCCCUAACCUCGACGCCGCCUUGGCCCUGCUCCGUAAAGAGAUGGUUGGCCUCCGGCAGCUGGAUAUGUCAUUACUGUGUCAACUCUACUCUCUUUAUGAGUCAAUUCAGGAAUAUAAAGGUGCCUGCCAAGCAGUAUCAAGUGCAGACUGUGCAUAUGCACUGGAAAAUGGCUUUUUUGAUGAGGAAGAGGAAUUUUUUUAAAAAGAAUGUUUCUUAGGAAAGCCUCUUUUUGUUUGUUUUUGGCGUGCAGCUGGAGUUGGCAGUUAAGAGAUGAGCAGUGUUUAAUUGGAACUCAAAGUACAUUCUUCCUUCUGCUCAAGAAGAAUUGCUCCAUUUAUUUCUGGCGAGCUGUUUAACCCAGGUUACACAUUAUGUAAAUCCUGCUCUAGGAAAGUAAUGUGCAAUGAAUUUUGAAGCCUCCCAAAGCAUGCUUGACAGGUCACGUCAGUGUAAUUUGCGCACGGGGUGUUUCUAGACGGCAGAUGUUGAAAGCUAUCUUUUUAUAAGCAGAAGCGUAUCAUUGUACAUGAAAUCCACGUCAUCUCAAAUAUUCUGACAUGUAAAGUGUAGUUAUAUAGUUUGUGUGUUUGUAAUCACUGAAUAGAUCCCAUUAUCAUAAACAACUCCCUUUUAAAGCCUCUGAUCUGAGGGAUUGGAGUUUUUCCUGUUCUAUACACCAUAAAGGAUGAAUUCUGUAACAUUGCAAUAGUUUAAACCAGGGUUCUCCAACCUUUAAGACUCGUGGACUUCAACUCCCAGAAUUCCUCAGCCAGCGAAGCUGAAGUCCACAAAUUGAAGUCCACAAGUCUUAAAGUUGCCAAAGUUGGAGACCCCUGGAACUUUAAACUACUUCCAAAGUUUUUAGUUGGAUUGAUGAUCCAGUUCCCUUUCUUUCUUCCUAAUGUCAGAAUGACUUUUAUUUAAACCUAUGUAAUAAAAUUGUGUAACCCUUCCUAUAUUUUUUUCUCAAAUGCAAUAAGAACAAAUCAAAGCAGUUAAUUGUACACCUUCCAGCUCCAUUAGCUUCCAUAGCUGCAAUGUAGUUGUUCAUUAUCCAGUUAGUAAUUUAAGUUUAACAUACAUGGAUUCGCAGCGUCAUUUGUAAUACUAAAAUGUUUGGAAGACAAAUGGUCAAUUUGUUUCUUACGGUUCAAAAAGACCUUAAUGGGUAUGUUAUUAUAUACAGUGGGGUUUUUUGAACUAUAACAAAUGAAUGUUUAAACUGGAAUUGUAAUUUGUUUAGCAUUUUCAUGGACAUGUAAUUUAGCACUUGGAGGUAGCAAGGAAAGUUGCAUGGCUGCCUUGAUGGAUUAAAAUGAAUUCAGAAACCCAUAGUCUACCUCACAUGAUGAAGUUUAUAGGAACUCCAAGCAGAAGAUGGAAACCUUUGAACUGAUCUUGUGCACAAUGGUCAGAACCUGAUAGGUUUCAGCUUCCUGGAAUACUUCCAUAAAUUAUAUAUGCAUCAGGAAAGUCCUUUGCCAUGUAGGAAUAUGACACCAUGUAAAUAACUGAUUUAUUUUCAUAUGGAAGACCUAGUUUAAGAUCUGAAACAUAUUUUCAACCUCAAAGGAGAAAAGUGAGAUGACAAAUAACAAACCUUCCAGCAUGUUAACUGUGUGUCCAAAGGGAACAACAAAAUGUUUAAAAAGGACAAUCACAUUCAUUUAUUAUAGCAGAUUCUAUAAUCUAUUGUGUUAUUAUAUUGUACAAUAUGUCCAUCCCUAUUAUGUGAUCCUGCCAGAUACUUCUGUCCUCCUGCGCAUUAAGAGGUCUCUGCUUUUGAAAUCUAAGGAAUCCAACAGAGUACAUGCGCGCGCACACACACACAUGCGCACACAAUCGGCCUAUUGGGGAAAUGGAUGGCAUAUAAAUAGAAUAUAUACUGGUAAAUAAAGAAUGAUAGCCUAGCAAGCAGCCCAACCCACUCAACUCUUUUUGAAACAGGUUUUUUUUUUAAACUAGCCUUAUUUUUUUUGUGCUGAGUGACUCCAUCAGUAAAAUUGGGGAAAUUGGAGACCACACCCUUGCUGCUGAAAGCAAUUAUUUAGCAUAUGAUGGCUGAAAUAAAUGAUACAUUGGUCCUCUAGAUUGGCUUCCACUAAAAUCAGUGGGACAAAACAUAUUUAAUUUAGGCUGAAACCAACCAAUGUAAUAAGGAUUGAAAUAAACAUCUGUUAUCCUCCAGA